AUGGCGGAGAAGCGCAAGCUCCUUGCCGAGAUUGAUAAAUGUUUCAAAAAGAUUGAUGAGGGUGUAGAGCUGUUUGAGGAGACGAUGAUGAAGAUGCAAGAAGCGAAUAGUGAUAACCAACGGGAAAAAUAUCAGGAUGACUUGAAAAAAGAAAUUAAAAAGUUGCAGCGGUUAAGAGACCAAGUGAAGGGAUGGCAGAACUGCUCUGAAAUAAAGGAUAAAGACAAGUUAACCCAUUAUCGCAAAUUGAUAGAACAACGGAUGGAGCAGUUUAAGGACAUAGAGCGGGAAAACAAGACGAAACCGCACAGCAAGCAGGGCCUGAGUGCAGAAGAAAAAUUAGACCCACGAGAGAAAGAAAAGGUGGAAACGAUCGAGUGGCUGCAAAGUCAAAUCCGUGAGCUUAGCGACGAAGCAGAUCGUACAGAAUCGCAGAUCGAAUCGAUAUCAUCUGUGGAUGCUGGAAAACGACGAGGGAAGAAAGAAGACGGAAAGAAGGGCGAAAAAGAGAAGCGCAUGGAGGAGUUGAAACGUCACCUCGACCGAAUGAAAUUUCAUAUGGGUAAAUUGGAGGUCUGCAUGCGAAUGGUGAACAAUGAGUCUCUGGAGUCGAAACGAGUGAUGGAUGUGUUGAAAGACCCGUUGGAAAUGUAUGUGGAUGCGCUAGUGGAUCCGGAUUAUGAAGGCGAUACGGAUCAUUUGGAAAAUCUGGAUCCGGAAGACGCUUACGAGGAGUUGAAUUUGGGAGCGCUGAGUGCACAAAUUGGCGGGAUUCAAAUCGGUUCGCUGGAUGAAGAGAAAGAAAAUGGUCAUGAUAACGGUUCUGCAAAUGAAGGAUCUGGCAUUGAUGAAGGGAAUUCACGAAGCGGUGGAUCUCGACACGGCAGUCAAGACACUCCGGCCAGUCCUGCUCCACGUAGGACAGUCGCCGCUGCUUCUGUUCCCGUCACACCAGCAAAAGACGGCUCCACGGAAGCUGGUCAAGUGAGCUCAUUGAGCGGAGUGAAUCAGGCCACACCUCCGCCUCCUCCUCCUGGAAUUCCGUACAAUAGCGUAGCUGCCGGACGUAUAACAGCUUCGUCGUCCUUAACGAACACAAGCGGUCCUACGACAUCACCGCCUGCGAAUGUCGUCAACGCGAAGACUACGGUAAUUGCAACGCGACCAAGUGCGAAUAGCAGUGGAGGAGUUCAACUGGUUCAGCUAGUCACAUCCACUUCAACGCAACAAAAUUCAGCGUCUAUUCAAGAUGACGAUGCAGGAUCGACGAUUUCAAGCCAAAAUGAGGGUGGUGCCACAUCGACUGCCGAUAACGUGGUAAAUAAAGCGGAUGAGUCACGCACAUCAACAGUUCCGCAACCGGGUGCUACCAAACCGUUAGCAACUGCCAAUGGCACAGCAGCUGAGAAUCCAUCGUUGUACACGCCAACAGAGACAACUGCACAGCAGUUCGCGUUCACCAACAAACUGUACGCGGCCAAUGAGGCAUCGGCAGCUCUGAGUGCAGACGGUAGCACGGCGUCUGCAAUGGCAGACGUCGUGGAGGGAGUACAGAGGAUUCCUGGCGAAUCUGGAAGUCCUCGUCGUUCCGGUGAUGUAGGGCUUGACGCUGCGGAUGAUACUCUACGGGUACUUCGUUUAUCGCAGCAAAAUCAACAACCAGUCAACACAGAACCGCAACGAGCACACAUUCCUGCUUGGUUGGGCGCUUCUCCAUUAGGUCGUACACAAACUACAAGUGAAAUGGAAAUGCAACUAGCUGCCUUGGAAGCCUCACUUGCACGAACUCCUUUGCCGAUGGACAGCGAACGGCCGCGAACGUACUUGCCGAAAAUCCCAUGUCCGUGCGCUUCUUACUAUCCUCAGGUAUCGGCACAAAACGUUGACACUCUCGAGUAUUACUUGAGGUUGAGUCCAGAGACGUUGUUUUUCAUCUUCUACUACAUGGAGGGUACAAGAGCGCAAUUAUUAGCGGCAAAGGCAUUGAAAAAGUUGUCUUGGCGCUUUCAUACAAAGUAUCUCACAUGGUUUCAACGGCAUGAGGAACCGAAACAAAUAACGGACGAUUUUGAACAGGGCACUUAUGUGUACUUCGAUUAUGAAAAGUGGUCACAACGAAAAAAGGAAUCGUUCACAUUUGAAUAUCGGUACCUUGAAGACAAGGAUUUCGAGUGA